GGAACGCAGCCCCGCGCAUGCGCUGUCGGGGUCGCCUGGCUCGAGAGAGGCAUCAUGGCGACGUCCACGCGCAGCAUGAAGUGUACCUUGGGGAAAGUGAUGUCGCCGUCUUUGGUGGUCAUUUUAGGAGCUACCGGCACCGGCAAAUCAAAGUUGGCCAUUGAGAUCGGAAAACGACUCCGGGGAGAGAUAAUCAGCGCCGAUUCCAUGCAGGUGUAUCAGGGUCUUGACAUCAUUACCAACAAGGUGACAGCCAAGGAGCGCGCCCAGUGUCCCCAUCACAUGAUCAGCUUUGUGGACCCGUUGGUUAGCAACUACACAGUGGUGGAGUUCAGGAACAAAGCUGUCUCUCUAAUAGAUGACAUGCAUAAUCAGAAUAAAUUACCUGUCAUUGUUGGAGGAACAAACUAUUACAUUGAGUCCCUGCUGUGGCGAGUCCUAUUGGAUGCUGGGAAGAAUGAUUCAGGGGAAGGUGAAGAUGAAGAUGUAGACAGGAAGUCAGAACUGGAGAAACUGGGAGGAGCUGAAUUACACAAGCGACUGAUGGAAGUGGACCCCGAAAUGGCUGCCAUGUUGCACCCCAACGACAAGCGCAAAAUUGCCAGAAGCCUCCAGAUUCAUGAAGAAACAGGCGUUCCUCACAGUUCCUGGCUGGAAGAGCAACGAAGCCAGCAGGGAGGCAACGGCCUCGGGGGGCCGCUGAGGUACCCCAACCCUUGCAUCUUUUGGCUCCAUGCCGACAUGGAUGCUCUAGACAAGCGACUGGAUGCUCGCGUCGAUCAGAUGUUAUCAGUCGGAUUGAUGGAGGAGCUGAGGGAGUUCCAUGCUCGCUUCAAUCAGCGGAAAGUACAGAAUGACAGUCAGAGCUACCAACACGGAAUAUUCCAGUCGAUUGGUUUCAAAGAGUUCCAUGACUACCUGACGGCUCCCGAAAGCAGCACCCAGCAGGAAAGAGACGCACUCCGAAGCAAAGGUGUCGAAGCUUUGAAAGUGGCCACGAGGCGCUACGCUCGCAAGCAGAAUAAAUGGGUCCGUAAUCGCUUCCUUAAACGACCCGGAGACAACGUGCCCGCAGUGUACGGCCUGGAUGUGACGGAUGUGGCGAGGUGGGAGGAGACCGUGCUGAACCCUGCACUGCAGAUACUGGACAGUCUCCGCAAGGGUGAGGAGCCCUCGAUUCCACCAAUCAGAGUCCAGGGAGGGGAGUUAAGGAACAAACGCAGCCGGCAUAACUGCGACCUGUGUGACAAGGUGAUCAUCGGCGACCUGGAAUGGGCCGCUCACCUCAAGUCCAAGAAGCAUCACUUCCACGCCGCAAAGAAGCGCAAGUCCGACGUCGCGAGCAACGAAGGGGAUCCGUUGAGCGCUUUGCAUCCUGCCCCGGGUGCCGAAACGCAGACGAGCGCCAAAACUCAGACGAACUGUUCGGAAUCCGAACAAGGCACCCACCCAGCACACUAAUGAAGCAGAUGGCAACACAUUUCUUUGGUGCUGGCCUGCGAGGUGCUGCAUUUGUUCCAGGAAGUGUGGAGAAAUGGAGGAAGCAGUUUUUUUUUUUUGCAGUCAGUCUUGAGUUUUGGCACAAAGGCCAACACAAGCUUCGAUUUUUUUUUUUUUUUCUUUUCUGGAAAAUAUUUUUCGUCAGAAUCACUCCAAAGGACAUAUUUCACGAUAUGGACCUAAAUAUUUGGACCUUUGGAUACAAGACCUACGUAGUGAGACUAGAAGAAAAUGGUGUUGGAAGCACUAGGUCUUCUCUUGACAACAAGCUUUAUUUUUCUCCUUAAAAUUGGACAAAGGAUUUUUUUUUUUUUUUGGGGAUACUGCACAGUAUGCUAUAAGAAAAGUUGAAGAUUGAAAUGAUAGAGAUCCACUUAGUGUGACAGAGAGGCAAAAACUGAAAACAAAGCACAGCGUGACAGACCGUGUUAAAAACUGAAAACGAUCAUGACUCACAAAAAAAAAGUAAAAAAGGAAGCAUAUUGAGAGAACUGAACCUUUGGCAAAAGAGUUGCGAGCUCUUGUGUCACAAAUUCUUUAUUGUCACAUCUUGCACCCGAGUCAUAUACACGACGUUUUACACCAAUCAAUAAAGUUACUUUGUUCAACAACUUCCUUUACAGAAGCAAUUACCCCUUGUAGCACUUUUACGCCUCUUUUGUGCAAAAACCCCCUUCCUUGACAGCGGCCUUUGUCUUUAUGCGGAAGUGAGCGGAGUUGUGACACUCAAGUAGUCGGUCCAGUCUGCGAGGUGUGAGUGUUUUCCCAGCAGCGAUCGCAGCUUCUUUGUUGAUCCAGCGGCUUACACAAUACCUGGCAUCCGCCCGGAGAGGCCCUCUUUUUGCUGCCUCCGUUCCCUCUUGCCACCUUUGGGCUCUCACCUCCCCCUUCAUGUGGAUUCCUUGCUCGCACCUUGACCGCAUGACAACAUUUCCGAACGGUGUCGUAUUUGUAAAUAAGCACGUGUGCCCCACUUGGACAAACUGGGUCAGGCCUCAAGCUUGGACUUAGCAGUAUAGACAGUAUAGCAGAAUAGACUGUUGUACUGCACCAGUCCAACUAUGGUCUUAAUAGCGAGCAGGGAGACGUUUAAUGCAGAUGAAAUGAGAAAUUGUAAAUUCAUCUGAAUGUUAUGUACAUUAUGUACUCGUGUAUACUUCCUUCUCAUGUGUACUGGCCACAUACCAAAAAUAGUCUUCGUAGUGUGAUUGAAGACUCAAAAUUGCACAAAGCAUUACUGUAUUUUCCGCACCAUAAGACGCACCUAAAAGCCUGUAUGAUUUUCUCGACAGUGUGCCUUAUAAUCUGGUGCGCCUUAUAUAUGGAUCACUAUUGAGCCUUUGGUGCAGCUCCAUCUAAUGGAUGCACAACGUAACCCCAGCCUCUACUGUAGCGUCUAUUCAAUGCGCCUCAUAAUGCGGUGCGCCUUAUAUAUGGGAAAAGUUUUAAAAUAGGCCAUUUGUUGGAGGUGCGCCUUAUAAUGCAGUGCAGAGAAUACGGUUCUUAUUUCGCGUAGCCCGCGUUGACAAUUUGGCUGAACAUUUCAGUGUAAGCCAUCGCUUGAACUUGGUUGAUAUUCAUUUACUUGGUUGUGUAAUUUCACACUUGUUGGAUGGUUGAGCACUCCAGAGAAGUGAAAGGAUUACGGCCUUGGUGGAGGUAACAACGGUCCCCAUGUGACUUACCUUCUUAUGUGGAUGAGCCUGUUUUCCUUACUCCUAUUUGAUGCUUUUUAUCUAUUGUAUAAAAAAAACGUAGAAGCUGUUUUGUUUUCUCCCUCCGUCCUUGUCCCCCGCCUCU